AUGGCGCGUGGUUCCACGAAGCCCCGCGAUCUCGACUUCUCCAAUGUCGGAACUCAAGGAAGACGGACGGGUCUCACGAUGGAGGAAAGAGAGCGCGACGAGUAUGGAAUGGAGGAAGUAGACGGUCUAUUCUCGUCUCCUGAGAAAUCGCCGGCGAGACUGAAUGGGUUCUCCCAUGCAGACGACGACACUGCCAGCUCUGAGAUGUCUAUUGAAGACGAUAAUGCGCCGGGACCUAUGGAUUUUCUCAGCGCUUCAAAUAACGCGCGCAAUACCUUUGCGGCAUCUCGAUCCCCUGCGAAAGCCCCUCGAAGAUCCCCUGUCUUGCGAUCUUCCCCGGACGAUAGGGAAGAUCUUGUGGCGUCUAGUCCGUCGGAUGGCAGACGUCUGUCCUCUGCGCGAGGAGACCCAACUCCCUUGACCAAUCGCUCGGUGAAUGCAGGUGUGACGAACAAGAAUGCUGCGCGACAGAAUGGAAAAGCACGACUAGUAGCCACAGAAGCGGCCGACUUUUCUGACGGAGAUGGCGAAGGCGACGAAAAUGUGGAUUCCUUUGCUGCCGGGCGGGAUGAUUUCAGUGACGGAUACGAUGAGGGCGACGAGACCGUGAUGCCGGAGGAACCUGCAGAUGUGAAUGGACAAGAAGAGGAGGCGUCUCCAGCACCAGCGGCCCCGCGCCAAACAAAGACGACCGCAUCGAGUUCGAAACAGCCGAAAAAGGGACCUGCGGCAAAUACAACAAAGGCGACCAAGCCUGCUGCUAAGCCGACCGGGAAACGAGGCCGCGCACCGAAGUCCCAGCAAACUGCAGACAAUGAAGAGCCCGUUGAGGCUAGACCAGCCAAGAAACCAAAGACCACAGCCACGGCCUCACAGGCUCUACGGGAGCCCUUGGAUCCGGAAUUGAAACGAGUGGUCGAAAACUAUGCCCAGCGUACUGGCCCAUUGAAGGGUCGCAGUCUAUAUAUUCUCAAGCGCGAAGAUCCCACCAGCAGCGAGACGACCCACACCCGCUCAGGACGAGUGUCUGUCCGUCCUCUAGCGUACUGGCGCAACGAGCGGUGUGUGUAUGGUGAUGAAGAGGCUGCUGAGGGAGAACGGUUCCCUCUCUCGAAAAUCAAAGAGGUCAUUCGCACUGAGGAGCUUGAACCGGAAAGGCCGAAGAAGGGGAAGCGUAGCCGCAAGGGCAAGUCAAAGAAGCAAAAGGAUGAGUCCUCGGAUGAGGAUGAGAUUGACGAUGAUGCGGAUCUUUGGGAGAAGGAAACUGGUGUUCUGCAUGGCUACGUUUCCAAAUGGGACCCUGUGGCACAAACCAGCACAGCCGAGGAGGAAGUAAUAGACAUCGCGUACGCACCAUCUGGUUUCGAGACAAGAGAAGUCAAAGGCGCGUCAUUCAAAUUCGCAAAACUCCUCAGUUCUUCAUUCAUCGGCUCCGGUGUUGUUGAGCUUCCACCGGAUGGUGUCAAGAAGCCCAAGAAUUCAAAGAGAAUGCACAUGGUGUUCUAUGUCUGCUAUGGCCGAGUCCAAGUCGAUAUCUGUGGUGUUCAAUUUAGCGCUGGCAAGGGCUCCGUGUUCCAAAUUCCACGAGGCAACUACUACAGUUUCCAAAACUCCCAUGACAAAGAUGCCCGACUAUUCUUCACCCAAUGCUGUCUUCCAGAAGGGAGUGAAGUCCCCGUGCCAACAACAGAGAAUGCGGUACAAAGCGAGUUCGAAGCUGAAAGCGGUCCAUCCGAACCCCCAGCCGCAAAGCCUCGGGGUCGGCCCAAGGGCAAGCAAAAGGCCAAAUGA